CAAAGUGCGUGGGUCAGAUCAUCACGUGGGUCCCUUCUUAUUUUGCUGUGUAAUACUGAUUGUGUAUCAUCAUUGGGAUUAUUACGGCGGCCGAUUGUAGUGCGACGUACGGACACAUACAUACAUAGCGCGACGAGAGUGAAUAUAGAGCAGAGAGGAUUUCGUGUCUAAAUGCUGUACGGCCUGUGGCGUGAUUAACAUUGACCGAGGUACCAAAGAAAGUGUCAAGAUUGAGCAAGUCGUUGUUCCGUCCGGCGGCGAUCUCGCCAAAAUUUGGAGGAUGCUGAUGCCGGGAGCCGCUGGUCUCGGUGUGGGCGCGGUUGGCGCCGUCGGUGCCCCAGCGCCCGACGAGCUGGUGCAAGGGCUGGGUGCCCUGGCGGGUACUACGCCGCAACAAAAAGACACGACAUGGACGAAGCUGUUCGUCGGUGGCUUGCCCUAUCAUACUACCGACAAGAGUCUCAGGGAACAUUUUAACGUUUACGGAGAUAUCGAAGAAGCGGUCGUCAUCACGGACAGACAGACCGGCAAAAGCAGAGGCUAUGGCUUCGUAAUUAUGGGGGAUAGACCGGCGGCAGAGAGGGCAUGCAAAGACCCUAAUCCCAUCAUCGAUGGUCGCAAGGCAAACGUCAACUUGGCCAUUCUCGGAGCUAAGCCCAGGGGUAAUUUGCAAACGACAUUCCCGUUCGCUACAGGCAUCCGGGCCGGUUAUCCAGCAGUACUUCCUGGCCAAUAUGGGGUACCACCAGGCUACGUGUACCAGUCACCUUACCUGGCGGCCGCGGCGCCAGGUGGUCUGGUACCGCUUCCGGCGACGCAGUUGAGCCACGCAGCCGCCGUCGCCGCGGCGUCGCAGUUCUACGAGUACCAGAACGCGGCGGCGGCCGCCGCGACCUAUCCGGGCACCUCGUACAACUUCGCCGAGGCGUAUCCGUACACGACCGCGGCCGCGGCUGGUACGUGUUUGAAUAGUGUCCAGAGUAAGGGUAGCAACUACCCGUUACACCAUCACCACCAACACCACCAACAGCAGCAACAGCAGCAGCAAAACGGUCCCGCGACGUUGGCGCAUCAGCAACGGCUGGAGAAAGCUCUCCUACCGCAAUUUCUGCCGUCCGUGCUGCGUGAUUACGCUAAUGCAGCGGCAGGUUACGUAACGCCGUACACCUACGCCACAUUGCCAGGUGCUGCGGGUCUGCCGGCAGCGGCGGCGGCGGCGGCAACAGCAGCUGGGGCAGCUUUUCCAGGCCUGCCGUAUCAGACGACACCUCAGGAGGCCAGAUUGCAAUAAAGCGCUUUUGAUGUUAGACCAUCACAGAGACAGAGACAGUUGUAGCCGAGCCUUCUUACGUGAGAGAUGAAGCGAGGGAGGAGUGGAGAUGGAGGAGUGCAUAAAAUGCACUCAUUUUCGCCAUCUUUGGAGAAUCGGCUCGCAAGCUUUCUCAUUUUAACUAUUUCCAUGAGACUUUUAUGUUCCCGAUCGUGUCUUGCAAAUCAAUCGAAAUAUCUUCGCGAGAACCGCGAAAAGGAUAAGAUCUGACGAAGUGGCAGCUCCCUCGAGAAUGACGAAUCGCGACUUCUUUCACUAAGUCUGUAUAAUCUGUAUUCUUCCUUUUUUGCUUCUUUGACUUUAAAUUUUUCCUCCUUUCAAUUUCUCUCAUGAAGCCGAUAUAUCGGCCUGUUCUUCACUAAUAUCACACAUUUCGCGAAAUUUUAGAGAAAAGACUCUACGAUUUUUAGAGAGCUACGAUUACGAUUAUUUAUAGCGAACUCGAAUAAGCUCGUUCGAGAAAAUGACUCUCAAUCAAAUCGGAACUUGAGAGCCGAAAAGAGGGUUAAUUGAAAGCGCAUUCAAGAGUUAAAAGCGCGAAAACGCCCGUUAUAGGUUUUUGGGCACAAUGCUAUUCUGUAAGAUUUCUACUUCGAAAUAUUACGAGAUGAGAGGUGGUGUAUCUAAAUGUAACCGCGUGUUAUGAUUCUUGAAAUUUAACUUUCUUAAGAUUCAAGCUCAUCGAGAUCAUAAUCAUACUAAUUCCUUGCUCCUAUCCAUUUCCGUCGGUGGUUCCUAAAAUCGGACUUCUUUGACAGUCAAUUUUAAAACUGUCAGUCAAAUACACUGUCAGAUAUACACGUGAAUCUUCUCUCUCAUAGCUGCGACACAAUCUGUCUUCGACAAAGUUAGGCGAAUUCGAUAAACUUAAAAUAUCGAUAAAAUUAGUACGAAAGUUCUAGUAAUAUAAAUUUCGGAAUCAUUUAUACAUUCAGGUUUAGAGAUGCACGGAGAGAGCAACGUGUUUUAAUUUUUAGGUAAAUUUUCAGUAGAACUUAAAAACUUAACGCGGUAAACAAGAUUUGUAGUAUCAUAAGCUGUUAGGUUACAUUUUCAGGCGUUUUCGAAUAAAAAAGGAAGCAAUUAUGAUUGCGAUUAAUCUGUAAUGAAUCGAUUUUUAGAAUAAUGUUUAGGACGGUAUUCACAGUCGUUUAGCGCGUAAUUAUACCAGCUUGUAGCAUGGGAAUAAUAGAUAGUAAAAGCUCUACAGUAAAAUAUAUUUUGAAUAUACCUGAGAAACAAAAUAAACAUUCGAUUUCUUUGUUGUUAUUAUCGUCUUUAAUGAUGUUUCAUUUACGCAGAAAACUAUCAGCAAGAUUAAUCAUUCUUAAAUGCUUGCACUUUCUCUCUCAAAAACGAUUUUGGGACGGGAUUUCUAUUCAUUUCUAUCCUUUUUUUUUUAUCUCGUUUAUCGAUCGAAGAUUCCUCAAGACACGUCUAUCCGAAAAUUUAUUUAUUCUGUUCGAUCGAUUGUUGUUAAAGCAAUAAAAAACGCAUCAACAUUUGCAAUUCGGCUGUUUAUGUUUGCUUUAUAUCGUGCCAAUUCUUUGUUUAUCCAUCUCGAAAUUAUAAUUAUUUUUCUUUUUCUAAUUUUCUUCGUCAGAUUGAAACGAGUUAGCAAUUUUUUUCAAUUUCAGCUUUGAUUUUAUCAUUGAAUAAUGUACUUCAAAAGGAAACAUCGCAAUCUGUUAGAAAAUCUCAUUUACGCCGAUAUUUUUGGAGUUCUUUAUUGAAUAAAAAUUUCUUAUUGAUACUAGCAUACACAUAUAUGCACAUAUAUGUGUAUGUGUGUGUGUCAGUAUAUAUGCACAUAUGCUAAUUAUAUAAUUAUUGUUCUUAUAAUUAUUGUAAUUAUAAUUCUUUAUUCUCGAGGUACACGAUUAUGUGAAUACCGUCUGUAGAUGUAUAUCUAUACAUAGAGAGAAUGCGUUAUAAUAACAAAGUAUACGUAUCUUCCAAAGUACUUGUUUACCGAUAUCUUUUUUCUUAUUUCGCACUGCUUGUUUCGGCUCUCUGUUUAUUAGCAGACUAUGUUUUUACGUAUAUAUUAUAUAUAUAUACAAAUACGUCGAUAUUUAUUACAAGCUAUAACAUAUUACGCAUAUUACUAGUUAAGACGUUAACUGAUUUAUCGGGAGAUAGAAUCACACACACAAAAAGAAAUGUGAAUUUAGAAAGAGAAAAGCCGAGACGUUAUCGAAGGCAUCUAAUCUAGCCAUAGUGGCCUUAAAAUCGCACAUUAGAGCGAAACGAUCAAGUGUCUUAUUUUGAGGCCUUGUCACAUUAAUUAAUCAACUAAAUGUAUUAGACAAAAUAUAACAUCGACUAACUUUAUAGCAAGGCGAACAUGCCGAGGAGCGAAUGAAUCGAUCUGAUUUGUAAAUCAGUUUUAAUUGUAAGAAUCUAAUGCUUCUUAUAUAUACUUAUUUUCGACAAAAAAAAUUAAAUCUUUUUUAACGAUUAAUUAUUUCGAUGAAGGCGCGCAUCGUUUUGUGUACGUUUUAAGUAUUGCCUCUAAUUAUACCGUAUUGAACUGCGAUAAUUUCCUGACACCUGAUCGACUUUUCUCAAACUCGUACGUUCGUCUACUCUUAAUGAUCCAGUGCCUUAAUUAGCACAGUCGAGAGUAGCCGUAAUGAUUAGAAACUAGUCAGCGAUUUGUUAGUGCAACGCUCGACGCGCUAACUCGUACAGGAGUGAGGCUCAAUGAAAGGGUGAGGAGCUAAAGGAAUAUCAAAACAUAAUCAACUAGGAUCGGGUUGAGGAACGUGGUUGUCUAGUCCCAAACCCUUUCAAACCUUAAAUGGGGUUAACUCGGUUUGUUAGAUUUGUAAGUAGAAGUUAAUACGCAGGGUGGAAACCAAAAGCGAAAUUCUUUGUAAAAAGUUAGAAAGAGAAGACGUUAGGGACGGAUUAGUUUAGUAAGAAUUAUUACAUAACGUAAUAGGCAAAUAAAUUAUUAUUAUUAUUAUUAUUAUUAUUAUUAUUAUUAUUAUUAUUAUUAUUAUUAUUAUUAUUAUUAUAUUAUUACAUUAUUAUUGAUAUUAUCACGUUUUAUUAUUAUUAUUAUUAUUAUUAUUAUUAUUAUUAUUAUCAUUAUUGCUAUUAAUUAUAUAAUAUUAUUGUUCAUGUACUUAACGAAGAGACAGAAUGUAAGCGUAACGUGAUUGAGGAAUUUGUUAUAAAACACACUAAAGCUUCCGUUGCGAAUGAAGAAAGGAUGGUAAUAGAGAAAAUCUCAGAUGAUGGCACAAGAAUACGUGCUCUCAUCGCGGGUACGAUCAUCUUUUUGAACAUCCUAUAUUCCUAGAAUUAAUUGUAUAUAGGAUUAAUUAUACAUAGGUUGUAAUAUAUAUAUAUUGCCUGUUAUAUCCUCAAUAAUAUUAAAAUAUUAAUAGCUCUAUUGAUAGAUUCACGAGAACCGAAAACAAAUAUAUUAUCAUUAAGAGAAA